GCGUCGGGAUGGCACUACAGUAGGAGUCAGCAGCCCGUUCUGUUCUGUAAGGGUGGAGCUUUUAACCACACUCAGGUAGGUCUUCGGCGUCAUCGAACAAGGUUAGGCUCUCCUCUGCUCUGGCAUUUUUAUGUAUCUGAUUAUGAGUCAGACAUGAGUAGCCUACCACGUCAGUAUAAGUAAUCUUCACAGCCAAGUUCAGAGGACAGGCGCCCAACCGUUUCACAGUGUCCCCUUACAGAGCAGGAGUAGCGUUCUUUAUCACGGACUGAGAGUUCCCCAGACAAGUAAACUACUACGAUCUCUUUCCGGUACUUUGGAGCCCGCGUUCCGUCGCUAAACCUGACACACCACCCAGAACAAAGAUGCCUAAAACGGUCAAUGUCCGGGUCACCACACUGGAUGCUGAGCUGGAGUUCUCCAUUCUUCCCAGCACCACCGGCAAACAGUUGUUUGAUCAGGUGUCCAGAACGGUCGGUCUGCGGGAGCUCUGGUACUUCGGCCUGCUGUUCGUCAACAACAAAGGGUUCCAAACAUGGCUGAAGUUUGAUAAAAAGGUGAUAUCCCAGGAAGUAAAGAAAGAGGUCCCUCUCCAGUUCCGUUUCCGGGCCAAGUUCUACCCAGAGGACGUGGCUGAGGAGCUGAUCCAGGAGAGCACCCAGAAACUGUUCUUCCUGCAGGUUAAGGAGGACAUCCUAACUGAUGAGGUGUACUGCCCUCCAGAGUCUGCUGUUCUGCUAGCCUCCUACUCUGUACAGGCCAAGUUUGGAGACUUCAAUAAGGAGACACACCAGAAUGGUUACCUGACCAAUGAACGCCUGCUGCCCAAGAGAGUGCUGGAUCAACACAAGCUGUCUAAAGAACAGUGGGAGCAGCGGAUCCAGACCUGGCACGAGGAACACAGAGCUAUGCUCAAGGAGGAUGCUAUGCUGGAGUAUCUAAAGAUCGCCCAGGACUUGGAGAUGUAUGGAGUCAACUUCUUUGACAUCAAGAACAGGAAGGGGACAGAGCUGUGGCUGGGGGUAGAUGCCCUGGGACUCAACAUCUACGAGAAGGACGACAGACUCACUCCAAAGAUCGGGUUUCCCUGGAGUGAAGUUAGGAACAUUUCAUUCAAUGAUAAAAAGUUCAUCAUCAAGCCCAUUGAUAAGAAAGCUCCCGAUUUUGUGUUCUACUCCCCUCGGCUGGGCAUGAAUAAGCGUAUCCUGGCUCUCUGCAUGGCGAACCAUGAGCUAUACAUGAAACGCAGGAAGCCAGACACCAUCGAGGUGCAGCAGAUGAAGACUAAGGCCAGGGAGGAGAAACACCAGAAACAGAUGGAAAGGGCCCAGCUGGAGAAUGAGAAGAAGAAACGGGAGGCCAUGGAGAAAGAGAAGGAUCAGAUGGUGAGAGAGAAGCAGGACUUGAUGCUGAGGCUGUACCAGUUUGAGGAGACAACCAAGAAGGCAGAGAGAGAACUGCAGGAGCAGCUGGAGAGAGCUAUCCGCCUGGAAGAGGAGAGGAGGAGGGUGGAGCAGGAUGCAGCCAGGCUGGAGGCUGAGAGACAGGCUGCUCUCCUGGCCAAAGACGAGCUGGCCAGGCAGGCCGUGAUUCAGCUAGAGAGUCAGGAACAGUUGGCUGCAGAGCUGGCAGAGUACACUGCUAAGAUCGCCCUGCUGGAGGAGGCCAAGAGGUUCCAGGAGGAAGAGGCUGAAACAUGGCAGAGCAGGGCUAGGGAGGUACAGGAGGAUCUUCUGAAGACUAAGGAGGAGCUUCACCUGGUAAUGGCCGCCCCCGCUGUCAUCCCAGCCCCUCCCUCACCUGACAGCAGCGACAGCAGCCACAGUGACCAGGAGGAAAGCGAGGAGAACAGCACGUACAGCGCUGAGCUGCAGCAGCAGGACAUCAACGACCACCGGGAGGAGGAGGAGCGUGUUACCGAGGCCGAGAAGAACAAACGCAUUCAGGCACAACUAAUGUCCCUGAGUGCUGACCUGGCCGAGACCAGAGACGACACCAUGAAGACCCAGAACGACCUGCUCCACACGGAGAAUGUCCGCGCUGGCCGAGACAAGUACAAGACCCUGCGGCAAAUCCGUAUGGGUAACACCAAACAGAGAGUGGACGAGUUUGAAUCCUUGUAGACCACAGAGAGAGAGAGAGAGAGAGGGGGAGAGAGAGAGGGGGAGAGAGAAAGAGAGAGAGAGAGAGAGGGAGAGAGAGACAGACAGAGAGAGGGAGAGAGGGAGAGAGAGAGAGGGGGAGAGAGAAAGAGAGA